ACUUGAACGGGAGAAAUAUCACUAUGCAGAUAUACACUUCUGAAAAGCGUGGCUCCGAUACAACUGGAGACGGAACAGAAAAAGCUCCUCUAAAAACUAUUCUUCAGGCCAUCGCUAAGUUAGAUGGGAAAAUUGAUGCGGAUACGUGCAUCUGGGUUGAUGGUGUUGAAAAUGAAAUGUGGGAUCCUGUAUCUAAAUCGAAACUAAAGAAGAUGAUCAAACAAUAUCAUAUUCAAGAAAGAAAACAUGAUAAGGUGCCAAAGGGAAAAGUUCCACCUGCUGAAAACGGUAAUCUUAGUGAAGCAGUGGAUGUUCAACUGACUUUGGACACAAAAUUACCUGAAGCAAAACAAUGUAAAAUUCGUGAUUUACAAACCUUAUACGAUCAACGUGUACGUGUGUACGGCUGGGUGCAUCGAAUACGUCGUCAGAGUAAAACUUUAAUGUUCAUUGUUCUUCGGGAUGGUACUGGGUUCUUGCAAUGUCUUUUUUCAAACAACCUGUGUUUAACUCAAGAUGCAAUCACGCUAUCACCAGAAUCUACUGUCGAAGUUUACGGAGUGGUAAAACAAUUGCCAUCUGGUAAGUCAGCUCCUGGUGGCAUAGAAUUAGUUGCUGAUUGUUGGACGAUGAUUGGUAAAGCGCCAGCUGGUGGUAUCGACUCUGUAUUAACUGUGGAAAGUGAUAUAGACACUCAGUUGGACAACAGACAUUUGGUUAUUCGAGGAGAAAAUACAUCGAAAGUGCUCAGGCUCAUCAGCGUUGCUUUGGAAGCUUUCCGUGCACAUUACCUAGAUCGUGGUUAUGUGGAGGUUUUACCGCCGACAUUUGUUCAAACACAAGUCGAAGGCAGUUCUACAUUGUUUUCCUUGAAUUACUUUGGUGAGAAUGCAUUCAUGUCUCAGUCGUCUCAGUUGUAUUUAGAAACAUGUAUACCUGCCGUAGGUGACUGCUACUGCAUAACCCGUAGCUAUCGAGCUGAAAAAAGUAGAACUCGACGCCAUUUAUCUGAGUAUAAUCACGUUGAAGCGGAAUGUCCAUUUAUUGAUUUGAACGGUUUAUUAGAACGGAUUGAAGAUUUAGUUGUUGAUGUUUGUGAUCGCAUCAUGAAAAAAUCCGGUGAUCUGUUAUUAGAUGUGAACCCACAAUUUAAAAUACCUAAAAGUCCUUUUAAACGACUUAAGUACGAAGAUGCAAUUGUUCAUUUAAAUAAUUUAGGUAUUACAAAAGAAGAUCUUACACCUUUUCAAUAUGGUGAUGACAUUCCUGAGGCUCCUGAACGUCGACUUGUAGACACAAUUGGCGAACCAGUUCUGUUAACUAAUUUUCCUGCUGGAUUAAAAGUUUUCUAUAUGUUGCGAACUAAAGGUGAUCAACGUCUGACUGACUCGUCUACAAAUCUUUGCACUCACACAGAAUUGGACCGUGCACCAUCUUCACAUCCACGUCACAUGGGAACACAAUACCUUUAAAUUAUUUAGUCAUAAUGUCUAAUACUGCAUAAUUUCAUUGAAUCAAUUUGUAACAUCGUCUUCAAUAAAGUACUGUCACACACUGUCAGUUUGAUUGAUUUAAUAGAUUGUCAGUAGUGUACACACUGUUUAAGGAGUCCAAACCAGAAUAGUUAUGUUAAAUAAGUUACAUCUUUUGGCUUCAUUGAUUUCAACAUCACUGUGUCUGUUAAUUUCGCAGGUUGAUCUACUUGUCCCAGGCGUUGGUGAAUUAGUCGGUGGAUCAAUGCGUUUGGAUAAUAUUGAUGAUCUUCUCAAAGGAUAUCAGUCAGAGGGAAUAGAUCCAACUCCUUAUUACUGGUAUACAGAUCAGCGCAAAUUUGGAACUUGUUCACAUGGUGGCUAUGGAUUAGGUUUUGAACGAUUUUGUACUUGGCUUUUAGGCAAAGAUCAUAUACGAGAUGUUUGCCUAUAUCCUCGUUUCAUGGGUCGAUGUCGACCAUGAGUAAUAGUUUCACCAUAACUCCUAUAUCUUAGUAUGGAUGUACUCUGCUUUCGUUCUUACAUAAUCAGUACGAAAUUUUUUCAUAUACAUAAAUAUUUGUCAACACCUUCAAUGUUCGAUAAGAUAAUUCACAGUUUGUUGCAUUUUUUUUCCCAACGAAUGAUAAAUAUAUAUCA